GCGGAGGCAGGACGGGCAGUGCCGGGCCGGGAGCCGCGAUGGCAGCCGGAGGAGCGGCGGGGCUGCUGCUGGUUAUGCUGCUGACAAUGCCUGGAACCCGAGCAAAGAACUGUGAAGAGGGAGAGUACUUCCAUGAAGGACACUGCUGUGUAUCUUGUCCAGCAGGUACUUUUGCUGCUGAGCACUGCAGUGCUCCACAUUUGAGAGGAAAAUGUCACCCUUGCAAGGAAGGAGAAAGUUAUACCGCCCACAAGAACGGCUUGGACGAAUGCUUGUCAUGCAGACAGUGCAAAGAUGAUCAAGUAACUGUGAGACCCUGUACCCUGACACACAAUACUGAAUGUGAGUGCAAACAAGGGUAUUUCUGCACUGACAAGAGCUGUGAAAUAUGUCAGAGACACAAUAAAAUGUAUCCGGAAGGCAAAGAAAUCGACCGGAACUGCAAUGCUACUACAGGCCUAGGAUGUGACUUACCGGAUCAAGGAAGCACAGCUCUUUCUUGGGUUAUUCUUCCAAUCAUUUUGGUGGUUGUUAUGGUUUUGCUGUUCUUGGUAUUUAAAAAGUUGAAGUGUGAUAAAGCUGCUUCAGCUGAUAAGUAUGUGAUAGAUCAAAUGUUUCAUCUCAGUUUUGUCUCCUGUUAUUUCUCUAUCUGGUGGUUUCAAGUGUUCUCUUUUCUUCCCCUAGACUGUCUUUGUAGACCUACCUAUGAAACAUCUCUUAAAGCAUGUUAUUAUUCUUUGCAGAAGUCUGAGGGCUGUAGUGAAAGCCUCAUUUUGCCAGAAAGGAAGACACCUGCAUCUGCAAAUAACUCAAUGAACCCAGAGGAUGAGAACUGUGGUGAGAGCCCAGAGAGCCAAGAACAAAUCAAUAUUAACUUGGAAGUAGAAGACACAUCACCAGAGGAAGAUAGUGCACUUACUGAGCAGGGCACCAUCCUGCAUGGGGACUGGAAGCACCGUGUGCUAAGGUGGUUGAGGAGGAUUCCUGAGUCUUCAUUACAAUCAAAACCUGGCCAGAAUUCUGCUUUUCAUCAGAAUAACCUAUCUAAUGUAUCAAGUAUUAGAACACCAGCAAAUUGUGUGGUACGAGAACCAGAGCAUCGAAUAAUUGUUAAAGAUCUCUCUCAAAAAGAACGGAGAGUUUGCUUUGAGGCCUUCAUAAAGGAAGUACCACCAAAAAACUGGAGGCAGCUUAUGAGAACUCAUCUGCAUGACAAUGAUAUUGAUAAAAUUAUUUAUAACUUUCAUAAUGAUAUAGAAGAACAAUCCUAUCAGAUGCUUCUCAUCUGGAGAAACACACUGGGAGAAAAACAGUGCAUUAUUAAGUUACUGAGUGAGUUGAAGCAUAUAGAUAGGAAGGCUUAUGAUAAUGUAGUGAACACUUUAAAAAGUAAUAACAUUAUAAGUAAAGCGGAAGCUACAGAUAAAUGUUUAUGAGGAACUUGAGAAAUGCUCUUGUGUACAUACAUGUGUCUACAAACUUCUGUUAAAUGAGGACAUCAACAAGCUCCAGUAAAAGUGAUGGCAUGGACUUGAUAUCCUCCUCACCUCAUGCGGAGAGCUGGGAGGGAUUUAGCACUGUCGGUGCUUACACGGACUCCGGUUGUGAUAUUCACUAAGGUCUUUUGAGUUGUACAAUAUUGAACUCAGGCGCCGGAUGCCUGCUUGGGAGCGAGGGGCUCUUGCUUCCCUUUGUGUGUGUGGCAGUGCCGUGCUGUCCUAGCCUGUCUGGCGGGAACAAAGAGGCUGCUGCUGCUUUUGAGAGUAUGUGUGCUUUGGUUUCUUCGUACCGUUUUGUUUUGUAUCGGUCUGCUUAGCACCGUUGUGUUCGAAGCACGGCAAUAAAAGCCUGGUUGAGAGAGAA